GCUAAACAAGAAGAAAAGGAUUUUAACAAUUUAGCCAGUGUUAAAAAAAAUAUCAGAACUCUUUGUUCUAUUAAACAAGGCUAUACUGGUAAAGUAGUAAUUGAAGAUUAUCCUGAUUUAAAACAGUUGAAUUUAGACUUUCCAGUUGAAGAAUUAAAGGCCAAAAACUUACAAACUAUUUCUUACAGUGAUAAUCCUUUAACUACUGAUGAGAAAAAUAGGUUAGAUGAUUUGGGAUUAGAAGAUACAAUAAAAAGAAGUAGGGUAGAUGGUUUGCAAGGAGAAUUAAACUUAGAAGGAUUCACUAACUUAAAAAGUUUAGAUUGUAGUGAUAAUGAAUUAACUAAUUUAGAUAUUAAUGUUAGUGGAUGUAAGGAAUUAAAAGAAUUACAUGCUAAUCAUUGUGGCUUAGGAUUUUUGGAAUUGGCAGAGCAAAUACAUACUUUAAAUUUGGCUUCCAAUAAUCUAAGCAGCCUUGGACUUGAUUUAACUAAUCUUGCUGAUUUAGAGUAUUUAAAUGUUGGUUUAAAUGUUUUAGGUAGUUUAAAUUUGACUAAUAAUAAAAAAUUAAAGCAUAUUUACUGCUAUGAAAAUCAAAUUGAAGAACUAGAAGUAAAGCAUUUAACAGAAUUAGAGAACUUAUUUUGUUAUCAUAACAAUUUGAGAAAAUUGGAUUGCACACUAGAGAAUUUGGAUCGUGCAGAAAAUAAUGGUCUGAAUGAAUUAAAUCUUAUUAAUUUACCUAAACUCAGUUUUGUUUCCACUAAAGAAUGUGGUCUUAAUUGA